AGAAACGUCAGCAGUCUACGACUCUCUGCGCAGAUUCAUUCUCGGUGUGAGGGUGAAGAUCGCUUAUUCGAAGUCCCCUCCUUCACCACCCUAUUUUUGUCCCCGAGUCGCGCCUUUGACUGUAAGAAAGACAAAUAGAACUCAAUUACCUCGAAGUUCGUGAGGACGACUAGUUAUUGUUCUCUUCUGGUGUGAUUGCUUUAUUGGUCGGGUGUGUACCUUGAUGAUGUUGUAUCAUAUUCAUAUUCUUUAGAAGAUGAAGUGAGUAGAUGAAACUUUUUUCUCCUCUAGAUGACUUAAAUAGCAAUUUCUAUAGUUGUAUGAAGGAUUAAUUGUGGGAAGGACUUCUGGGUGAACCGUAACCGUAAUGCAAAGACUUCUAUCGUCUACAGAUUUUCGCGGUAUUGGAAAAAUUUAGAGACUUCAAUUUUCUGUUUCUGUAGUAUUAUAGUUGGAGACCUCCACGAUAGAUCUAAUCAGUGUACCAUACCUUUUCUUGAUCUACUGACAACUACAGAAUUUACUUAUGUGUUGGAUGAAAGCUUGACUUGAGUUUACUGCAAGGCUUCGCGAUACGAUUUUGAUUUUCUUGAAUUUGAAGGAGGAGCCAGCAAAAGCACUACCAGAGCUGAGAUUCAGCGACUUUUACUCGUCAAGACCGAUCGGCGUCGGGCUCGGGUACCAUCUCUCGACGGGCAUCCAGUAGCAGAAGAAGGACGACAGCGGUCGAGAUUGAGGCAAGCUUCAGUUGUUCAAUCCGAGUACUUAAAUCUUCGAGAUCAUCGACGAAAAGAGCACCUUAAGAGCUUCUUCUGUGCCACCGAGCCGUCGUCGCGUUUCUCCCUCGCCAGUGCUCGUGCACUAGUGAAGAGUCACUUCACGAAUUUCCCUGCGUCUUCCACCGCGGCCUCUGCUCCCUUGUAUUCACAAGCUCUUUUUUCUCUCGACCACGCUGUAGUGUCCGGCUUCUACCAAAAAAAUCGAAAAGAAGCCUACCAAAAAAAGAGACUUCAGGAAAAUCUCUACUUGUACAGCUACGACCAUUGGGCCAAUCAAGUACAGCUACGACCAGAGCGCCAAUCAACUACUAGCAUCUGCUCGCUCCAAAGCACCAACUACUUCGAAACCACCAAAGAACAAGUACUAGCCGCUGCCACGAAACCGCCACACUAGUUCAGCUUAGUAAAGCGAAACCAAAGACGAAGAUAACUGUUUCGAAACCACCAUAGAACAAGAACACCAUGGACAGUUUCAAGCAGGCUAACCCGCAUGUAGUGCGGACCACCAAGCCGGUGCCUGCGGAUCCCAAGAUCCUGGAUAGAGAAAUCCGAAAACAACGAAUACUCUUGGAUAGGCUGAAACACUAUGAAUUGGAUCCGAAUUGAAAACAAGAAAUAAUGUAGAUACUUUGAUCUUAAUUCUUGAAAACAAGGAAUAAUGUAGAUACUUUAAAAAGAGGUGUGAAAAAGGUGGUGGUAAAAUGGGAAACUUUGCUUUUUUCAAAAUGCAGAUCAUUUAUCCAUCGCUCUGGAAAGUUUUGAUUCGGAGUUUCAAAAUGUAGUCUGGUUCUGGGAGUAAAACUAAGGCGAUCAGUCAUACGGAGAAGAAAAAUUGCACUUCUAAAAACCAGAGCCACAGCGUUGUCGGCUGCUGAAAAAGGAACGGCAGAACUGGGAUGUGGCGCGCGAACUCGAUGCGACAAGGAUAAAUACAAGGGAAAGAUUGGCGAUAUGUUCGCAGAAAGCUGGUAAUUAUUGGAUAUGAAGGACAAUGAUUACAACGAGGUUCUGUUAUCAGUAGCAUUGAUAUCAAGCAGUUCAUUUCUUUUCGUGGAUUACUCAUCUCUAGUACUGCAUCACUUCGUUGUCUGGAUUCCUACUCAAACUAUAAAAAACGUCCUCUUCCUCUACGACAGACGCAUUCGACAAAAAGCAGUUGGAGUUGAAGAACGUUGUCCUGAAUAACGAAAGCUUUAUCAAGGAUACGGAUUUGAAGUGCGAACGUGCAGAAAAGAAGGCGAGAGACGAGAAUGCGGCAUGUACUUAUUUGAAGGCCUUUUGAUCUUGAACAUCAUCAUAGACGUCGUGGAGACCGCUUGAUAUCCUAUCAACAUAGAAGAAGCAUGCGCUAGUCCUAUUUUAUUCCAUCCCAUCUCAUCCGCACUCUAUUUCAUUACACCUUCGUUCUAUCCCAUUCUAUUCUAUUCUAUUCCCUUCCCUUCCCUAUCCCAGCGUACCUCCCCAUUCUUUCUUCAGGUAAACGUCUCGACGAAGAGAUAGUACAAGUGGGCCAAUUAUACGAAGAGAAAUUGACAUUAAGGCACUUGAAGGUAAAAAUUUAGCCCUGUUGUUGAGACGAGUAUAUCUACGAGGUAGAACAUCUAUUCUCUCGUCAGGUUUUCCAAUUCAUUCUCCCCAUGCAUCUUCCUCUAUUUUCUAAUAGUAGAACGAGAGGAGGAGCUCCAGGAUAUAAUGCGGCAAAUGACGUACCGAAAGUUCCUAGACGAUGCUGCGAAACUCUAUUACAGACAGAAAAUUAUGGGACAUUGAUAUUAUACUUUUUUCAGUCAUACAGCUUUCGAUAUUAUACUUUCUUUAGUCAUACAGCUUUGUCUCUAGGUCUAGUCGUAGUGAUGAGUCAUAUUGAUAUUCUCCUGUCUCCUGCCUAGAAACAGUAACAGUUAGUACAACGUCUUGCUUCUGGAGUAAUAUAAGUUACCUGCCCUUUAGUGAUUAGUAAGUUACCUCCAUCUCCUAUCUCUUGCCUCAUGGUAAAUAACCUUCCCCCUCUAUCUCUUAUCUAGCAUGUAAUUUAUAUGUGCUCCUUCCACGACUAAAUGAAUUUCUCUUUCCAAAUGAAUUGUCUUCGCUCUGUUCCCUCUAAAAUUCCGACGGAAUUUGUUACGGCAGCGAAGAACAAGAAGCUCGCAAUCGAGGGAGAUGGCGCAAGAGCUACAAUUGAGGAUAAAGCAGGUGCGACCUUCUUGACGCAGCAGGGAUAA